CUAAAUGAAGAGAGAAUCUUAUGGGAAAGCUACCGCUGUGGAGCCGUCCGUACCUCAUUUUUUUGACCUUUUGGUGUUAUUUACGGAGUAUUCCUAUAUUUUAUACUCUACUCGACACAAAAGAAAUGAAUUUUAUGUGUGGAGGUGCUUAAGGGGUGUCUUACCUACGGCGGUAGCUCUUAUAGCCAAGGGGGUUGCUAUUGAGCCUAACUGUCGCAUCUGUGGGGCACCGGAAGAAUCAGUGGAGCAUGUUUUCCUUUUCUGUCCUUUUGCUCAGGCUACUUGGAGACUCCUACACAGAGAGAUCGCCGCAGGUAUGCACGAGAACUUUAAUAAUUGUUUGGCGGCUGUUUUUGGAUCGUCUUCGGCUGUCGAUGGGGCAGUGAUGGCUGCGGGUAUUUGGGCCAUCUGGAAAGCCCGAAAUCAGGCGUGCUGGGAACUCAAGGUGGUCAGACCGGAGGUUGCUGCUGAUUGGGCACGAGAAGUAUGCGUGGCUAGGACAAGUCGUGAUAUACAUGGUGUCACGAUGACGACGUCGGAGGGGUCAGUGCAGCACUUGGAUCGGCCGGGUCUCCUGCGUUGCUUUGUUGAUGUAGCCAUGUUUGAACAGGUUGGUUCUGCAUCGGUGGCGGCAGCCCUUCUUGAUGGGUCAGGCAAGUUCAUCGGGGGUUUCAACAAGCUUGUCACCUGUCCCUUGGUACCGAGGUGGUCCAUGCUCUAAAGAACGACGUGGUAGAUGCUCGGUCAUAUCUGAACGCGGUGGAGGAUGAUUGCAAAAAACUCACUUAUUUCUUUAACUAUGUUAAAUUUUUUCACAUUCCUAGACAGUCGAAUUUGAUUGCGCACACCCUUGCUAGAUUGGCUGUUAAUGGGUGCUAUGAAUGACAUUCUGUUCCUCCUAAUGAUGUAUUGCAUUUACUUUGAUGAAUGAAAGUGUUUGAGUUUC